GUGUAGUGAGAUGCAGUCAAUCCAACUGUGGUAGUUUCUGCAACAUAACCCUGAAACAUGAGUAAGAAACUAUCUUUAUUCACCGUCACAGUGACCCUGCUGUGUGUACACGUGCUGCACGCGCUGCCCUACAGUCAUUACCAGUCCAGAAAACACCAUGGAGACUCAGACAAGAGAGUGCCACACAUCACAGAGCUGUUCUUCACACAGACUCUGGACCACUUCAACUUCAACAGCAUGGGCAACGGGACCUUCAACCAGAGAUACCUCCUCAUAGAUAACUUCUGGAAGAAAGGCUACGGCCCUAUCUUCUUCUACACCGGCAAUGAGGGUGACAUCUGGGAGUUUGCUCUCAACUCAGGAUUCAUCACUGAGCUGGCUGCUCAGCAGAGAGCCUUGGUUAUAUUUGCUGAACAUCGAUUUUAUGGCAGAUCUCAGCCGUUCGGCAAAGACUCGUUCCUCAUCCCUCAGAUCGGCCUCUUGACGGUGGAGCAGGCGCUGGCCGACUACGCCGUCAUGCUCACUGAGCUGAGGGAGCAGCUGGGAGCCACACAGUGUCCCGUCAUCGUGUUCGGGGGCAGUUACGGUGGGAUGCUGUCCGUCUACAUGAGACUGAAGUAUCCCAACAUUGUGACUGGAGCUCUGGCUGCCAGCGCCCCCGUCAGGUCCACUGCGGGGAUGGGAGACCCUGCACAGUUCUUCAGAGACGUUACUAAUGACUUUGAGAAAGUGGCCCCUGAAUGCACCAACGCCGUGAGAAGUGCUUUCCAUGAGCUCAAAGAAUUAGCCGAUAACCGAGUUUUCAGUCACAUCCAGUCUGAGUUCCUGCUCUGUAAGGUCCCAACGACUGAGCAGGACAUCAGGCAUCUGUACCUGCUGCUGAGGAACGCCUUCACCCUCAUGGCUAUGCUGGAUUACCCCUACAGCACAUACUUCAUGGGCAAGAUGCCUGCUAACCCCGUCAAGGUGGCCUGUGAAACCAUGCUGAGAGGACCCGACCUGCUGGCUAACCUCAGGAACACUGCAGGGAUCGUGUACAACACCACCGGCACCCUGACCUGUCUGGACCUGUACGGUCUGUUCAUGGAGUGUGCCGAUCCCACCGGCUGUGGACUCGGCUACGACAGCCUGGCCUGGGACUACCAGGCGUGCACGGAGAUCAGCAUGUGCUACGAGAGCAACAAUGAGACCGACAUGUUUCCCGCUCUGAGUUUCAGCGAGAGCGACCGAGAGCAGUACUGCUACAAACGCUGGGGCGUGACGCCCCGACCUAAAUGGCUCAAAACUCAGUUCUUUGGUGACGAUCUCUCCUCAACCAGCAACAUCAUCUUCUCGAAUGGAAACCUGGACCCGUGGGCGAACGGAGGGAUCCGUCAGUCCAUCAGCCCGUCACUCGUAGCUAUCAACAUCUCAGGAGGAGCCCAUCACCUGGAUCUGAGAGGGUCCAAUGAUGCAGAUCCAGUGUCGGUGAUCAUCGCGAGGAGGACUGAAGCAGACCUCAUCGCUCAGUGGGUGGACAACGAGAGGAUCAGAUUAAGAAAGUCGCCUUAAAGCACUGUUUGGUUUAGGACUUCUGUUAAUAAUUAAAAGAAAUGAUCUCAUGAGAAAUCAUCGGCACAUGAGCUUUAAGUCAUUUUAAACGAGAGGAAACUGUUUGCACAUUUGAGUCCUUAAAGAGAGAGAGGAACAGAAAACUAAUCACAGAAAGCUCCCCACACUAAAACACGACUUCUUUACUUCAUCGUAUUUUCAAUCUGCUCAAAAACACUCCCAGAAUACAAAGAGCAUGAAGCUGGAGCCAGUGAAUCUGACCUUUUCAUGUCAGUUUAAUGUUUGUUUAGUAAAUUCUUCUUUCUUUUUUAUCGUCUCACCAUCUCAGCUCCUGAAUUCUAACUUUUAGUUCCAGUGAAGUUAGGAUUUUAAUCACGUCCUCUCCUCCCACACUUGGCCUUUGGUUAGAACAUUCAUGGAGCCAUUUUCAUAUAUCGCAUCAUCACUUUUGACAUCGCUUGUACUUUAUUUUUUAAAUGAUUCAACUAAAAUGAAGCAGAUAGAUGCAGGCGGCUGGUGCUUCAGUUUCAUAAUCGACACCUUGCUGUUGAUCCCUCGUAACACCGUGGAUUCACAGCUGUGUGAGAGCACCACUCACACCUGAAGCUUGUUUUUACAGCAGGGUAGUGAUGGACGGAGGAGGUCUCAUGAAGCUUUGGUGCUUUCUCUCCGUUUUUACUGAGAGAUGGGAAGCUUCAAACACUGAAACAGCGACACCUGGUGGCCAUUAGAACUAGCUUUCAUAACUUUGGAUGAAUUUGCAAGAAAUUAAAGUGUAAGAAGCCUGCAUGCUGUAAACUAUCUGCAAGAACUGUGUUUCAUACAGAAGAGGAUUAGGGCCACUGACAAAAUAAAUAAGAUUAAGGUCCUUUAAUUGUUAUUACUAUUCUGAGAUUAAAGUCAGAAUUCUCAGAUUAAAGUCAGAAUUCAAAAGUGAGAAUUUUCAGAUAAAAGUCAGAAUUUUCAAAUUAAAGUCAGAAUUAUCAGAUUAAAGUCAGAAUUCAAAAGUCAGAAAUUUUAGAUUGAAGUCAGAAUUCUCAGAUUAAAGUCAGAAUUCAAAAGUCAGAAAUUUCAGAUUGAAGUCAGAAUAUUCAGAUUAAAGUCAGACUUCUCAGAUUAAAGUCAGAAUUCUCACAUUAAAGACAAAAUUCAAAAGUCCGAAUUCUCAGAUUAAAGUCGGAAUUCUCAGAGUAAAGUCAGAAUUCUCAGAGUAAAGACAAAAUUCAAAAGUCCAAAUUCUCAGAUUAAAGUCAGAAAUUUCAGAUUGAAGUCAGAAUAUUCAGAUUAAAGUCAGAAUUCUGAGAUUAAAGUCAGAAUUCAAAAAUUUGAAUUCUCACAUUAAAGUCAGAAUUCUCACAUUAAAGACAAAAUUAAAAAAUCCAAAUUCUCAGAUUAAAGUCAGAAUUCUGAGAUUAAAGUCAGAAUUCUCAGAUUAAAAUCAUAAUUGUCAGAUUAAAGACAGAAUUCAAAAGUCAGAAUUCUCAGAUUAAAGUCAGAAUAAGGAGAUUAAAGUCAAUAUUCUGGGAUUAAAGUCAAUAUUCUCAGAUUCAAAAGUCAGAAUUCUCAGAUUAAAGUCAGAAUUCUCAGAUUAAAGACAGAAUUCUCUGAUUAAAGUCAGAAUAAGGAGGUUAAAGUCAAUAUUCUGGGAUUAAAGUCAAUAUUCUCAGAUUCAAAAGUCAGAAUUCUGAUUUUUAUCUCAUAAUAUAUAUAUAUUUUUUAAAUGGACCUUAUUAAUUUCUUCUUCUGUAGCUCUAAUCCUCUUCUGUAGAUUCAGACUCAUACUUCCGUGCAAUAUAUAUUCUGCAGAUCUUGAACAUCAGUGAAUCUUUUGGAGUUGCUGUUUGAAAACUUUUUGGAGCUCAAAUCUUUUAGUUUUAGGAUUGUUGCGGCGGCUCACAUGUCGGGAUGUGACAAAGCAGAGUCGGCCCUUUCAUUAAAUUAGGCGGUUCCUUUUACGGCAUUAUCACUCUGGAUGAGGUUGAAUGUUUGUGUAACGUGCAUCGCUGUUUCUUCAGUCUCGUCCGCCCAUGUCUUGGGAUCUGUGUCUGAGACAUGGAAGUGUUUUUAUGUCUGUGUGUCACGACUCAAUGAUUGAACACGUUUCAAUAAAAUCUCUUUUUAUUUGUACAUUGUUUUCUUUUAUAAAAUAAAGCCAAUCCAGCGUUCAUUGUA